CGCCGGUAGACGUCGGCUGGCUGCUGAGCUGGGAGGUACGCGCUCUUGCCACUGGGGACGCGUGCAGCGCGGCGAUCUCAUCGCGCACCGGCCGGCCGUUAAUUUAAAUAAUUGUUCGAACUAUAUUUUAUUUUUUUUUCUUACUGUGGCUAACGUUGUCUCUUCCACGGACGGCGCCUGAGAUGACGCCACGCGGUCGCGUCGGCGCAGCGUUGUUGUUGUUGGUCGCGGUGUGUAUGGUGAGAGCAUACCCCCAGUCCCUAAACCAGACUCCAACAGGAUCUGGUGAGUCUGGGCAGAAUCAGCGGCACUACGCGAGUGAUGCGCGAACUUCCAGUUCAAACAAAAACUCGGGCCCCACUGUCGUCCGUCCAUCCCAGCCGGUCCAGGAAUGGCCACGAAAUCAGCGACGGCAGUUUCCCGAACGAGGAUUCACAGAGCGUUCGGUGUCGGCCAUCCACAGGAGAUUCGGCGUCGACGAAGGGCCACCGGCGCAACAGCCUCCCAAUCACGCGCAUCACUCGGGCCUCGACAAACACUCGUCGCGAGCUUCGCCGCUGCAGACUUCCAACAAGCCCCUUGGCAACCAGGGAAGCGCCCACCGGACCCAGCACCGGUCCAUACAGUCCGGGAGCGAUGUGGCGGGCAACAACAACGAUGACCAGAACGGGAUAAUCAAGCUGCAAGCCACCACCACCAACCACGAGAGAAACGCCCACUUGAAGGUGGCACCGCCAAGCGUGCCCGAAGAGAGUCGACGGGCGGUGGACGCGCGAAGGUUCCACGGAGAGCUUAAAAUGGCACCGAAAGGUCCCCUGCCCUCGCACACGAUGGGACACACCACAGGGUCAGCUCAAGGAGGCAACGGAACUCAUGUCGCAGAAAAGUUUCACCAUAAUUCUUUUGACACUCCAAGAACACCUGCUAGAUCACCAUCAGGUUCCGAAGAAGGUAUAGUGUUCCCAGACCAGAAGCUCGUGGUGCCUCUACUCGGGAAGGACGAUCCAGACUGCGCGAAAGGCCUCACCUACUGUGAAAAUGUCAAUGGCUAUCCAAAUGAUCAAAUAGUUCAGCUCAUUUCAAAGGAGACGAGUAUGUACAAAUCACUAUUUGGCACAGAUGUGUGGAUGCCCGAGAUUGCAAACAGGAUCUCACCAGAUGAAGAACUAUGCAAAUAUAAUGAACAAAUUGUUUUCCCAAAAGUCGGAAAAAAUAAAGAUGAGAAGUGGACUUGGAUUGCAAACACACCAGAGUUCAAGCAAGGAGUACGUGUCGAAGAAUGCCAGAAUACCAACAGCGAGUGCCAGCUGGUCAGCAACUGGCCCAUAGGCUACAAGACCGAGUGCAAGCAGAAGUACAUACUCCGGAGGAUGCUGUCCGUGACGGGAGACGGCUCGCCCAGCGCGGAUGAUUUCCUCUUCCCGUCCUGCUGUGUGUGCAGUGUCAAGAAGGUGGAAGAGAAAUGAAGGGCGCGCACGCAUCUCUCACUUUUCAAGUACAACAACAAUAAUUCCUAUCUGCAUUCCUCCAGAGACUGACACUAUUGUGAUGUAAUUUUUUUUUUUACAUUUUUAUAUUUGCAAUCUAUUUACAAAUUAUUUUGCAUUUAUAAUUACUUUGAAAUAAUGACCUCAGUUGCAACAUAUUUUCACUUAUUUCUGGAACUGCUGCUACAUGUAGUACUAUUAGCACUGCAAACAUUAUGUGUGAAUGCACAUAUUCAAAAAUAUUGGUUUGAACAAAGUGUUUAACUGCCUGAAUUUGGAAAAGUACUUGUCUUCAAGCAUACUUGGUAAAAUAUUUUUUUUUAAUACAUAUUUAUUUAUGUAUAUGUUAAGCUACCAGUACGUAUGUAAAAAUGUACAUACUUUCUAACCAGCCAUGUUAACCUUUGAAAUUUACCAACUAUUUUGAUGAGAGUUUGUUAUCUAUCAAACCUUAGGUAUAUGCCAUAACAUAGUUCAUAAGUUCUCUUGGUGCAGUAUGGCUGUGAGAUUAACUUUGACCAUAAAAUAUAAUUAUCAGAACUUUGCAGCAGAGACUGUAUGAAUAAAACUUUAUGAAUAUUUAUAUUCUUAGUUCUUAGGAUCCAGGUUUAUAGAGCUCCUUAAGUGAAAAUUGUAUUGAACUUAUGGGACAGAUACAUUUUUUAUUUUAGUUUUAUUAAUUACAUUUUAGUAAGGUACUGAAAAAUUCAUUUCAAUGGUUAUACAUGUAAAUUAUUUAUUUAAAUUUUUAUUCCUGAUAGCAAAACGGUUUGUUGAUUAAAUUUUAAUCUGUUUUUAAAUAAUUUCAACUAGCUGUAUUAAAAGUACUAGCCUAUAAUUUUACAUUAUGAAAUAAGGAAUGAAAAUAAAAAUGUAUUCAAUGAAUAUAUAUCAUGGAGCAAUUUUGUACAUAUUGUAUACUUCUUGUAAAGUAAAAUUCUUGUGAAGCUGUUAAACUGUGAAACAAAUAAAUUUAUUAUUAGAAAGAAAA